AUGGCUGACCUGGCCGGCUGGCUGUCGCGCGUAUUAGCUUCUGCGGGUGCACUGACCGCCGUGUGGGUGCUAGCCUGCGAGGCUGUCACGUGUGCUGGCGUUCGCGGGCGCACUGAACGUGUGCGCGCGUGUGCGAUGGCGGUAGGAGGAGUGCGGACACGUCAUGCCAUGGUCAUGUGGGAACACAAGGCAGAGAAGGCAGCACCCGAGAAACGGAAAAAAGAGCGAGGCCACAAAUCUGCGAGCCGGUUGCCACUUCCACCACGCCAUAUCCAAAGCUUCCUCCAUGUUCAUGCCCCACAGUAUAUAAGUUGGAUCGCGUGGCCUCUAUAUCGUUACCAAGCCGAGCAAGACGGAACCAAGCAGAGCCAUCGAUCGAUUGAAGAAAAGUCGGAGAGCGUGCGUGCAAGAAAGCGUGGGCCGCCGGAGCUGCUAGAGGUAUUAUCCCCAUCUCUGAUCGAUUAUGGACAAGGUGCUGGCCAUCUCCAUGCCGAGCAUGUCGUCGGUAGACAUCGCCCCCGGCGCGGGCAGCAGCGGCAGCAGGGCUCGGCUCUGCUGGCGGGGGUCGAAGCUACAGGAGGACGAGCAGACUGGAUCAGCUGGGAAACAGGGAAAGCGGGGCGGUCUGCUGGUGGAGGAAGAGCAGCAGCCGGGCAAGGGGAAAUCGCAGUCACCGCUGCCGCGGUUCGUGCCAGAGUUUGA